GCAUGGGGGGAAAGGGGGAAAGUUAGCGGAGCGAGUAUGCAUUAUAAAAACUAAAAAGAAAAGAAAAACGUUUGGGAGAGGAGGCGCCGUGCGGCUGCUAUUCCUGUUGCCAUGACAACGUAAACAAUCGUGUGCGCCGCCAUUUUGCUUCUACGUCGCCCAUUGGUUAGGGCCACUCCAAGGUUAGGGCCGUAACUGAAGGGGACCUUGGCGCUAGCGUCGAAAGAGCGUCUGCUCGAAAACAGCCAUUGGCAGCCAUGCGGAGAUUCACCCCCCUGAUUCGGUACCCGCUGCCGGCGAUCAGCUAUAAAAGGGCCCUGUGGAUUGUGCAUCGUUGGGAUUGGCGGCGUUUGUGAAAAGCGCUAGGCAUCGUUCUUCUGCCUUUUAUAGCAGCCCAACGCCAUCACGCUGAGCUAUCGGAGCAGCUCCUCAAGCUUCAGGCUGACGAAACGGCUUUUCGAAGGGAACCUCUCGCAAACUUUAAGAGGAGCAGAUAACUAACAAGGAAACGAUGGACGUGGUGGUUUGCGUGAACAACGUAUAAUUACAUCAGCCCGGCGUUCAGGCAAUACUGUCUUCUUUCUACGCUUACUGUAUAUGAAAACAAGGUGAAGACGAUUUGCGAGGAAGAACAUACACAGUGGCCGCACGCGGUCUUGUUUGGCGCUCGGAAUUCACGGCCGAUACCCCAUAGUGCGUUCUACCAGGACACUGAGAAACAACAAUACGCUCUGAAGUAUGACCCAGUGUUUGGACGCAAAAGCAGAAAGAAGUCUGUCACCGCAGUGCCAAAGACGUAUUCCCGAAAGAGAAACGCCAACGAUGGAGCCACUCUCCGAAGAAAGAGCCCAGAGCUACCUCCGGCACCUGGCCGUUUCCAAGCCCUCCGAGCCCACCUUGGACUUACUCGAUCGACUGAUCACGGCGCACCUAGAGCGCGCCACCUUCGAGAAUCUGGACGUGCUGCUAGAGCGACGCGUCAGCCUCGACGCUGAGGCCGUACUCCGCAAGGUGAUGGAGAGCGGCCGCGGAGGCUACUGCUACGAGCUCAACUCUCUCUUCGCCCGCCUGCUGCUGGCGCUUGGCUACAGCGUGCGCCUGCGAGCGGCCCGCUUGCGUCUCACGACUCCCGACGACUCGGACAAGCGCACGCCCCUCUCCCACAUGGUGCUGCUGGUCGAACUGACCGACGGCCGGUGCUACAUCGUGGACGUCGGCAUGGCGCACUGCGGUCUGCACCGGGCGCUGCCCCUGGAAGGCGACGCGACUCCAUUCCGCCUGCGCAACUUGGACGCGACGGAGGCUCUUGAGAUCGCGGGGCCCACGUGCGACGGUGGCUGGAAGGCCAUUUACGUCGUCGAGCCGUACGACUUCGACUGGCUCGACUUCGGCAUGCUCAACUGGUACUCGUCGACCCACCCGGACAGCUCGAUGCGGCGCCUCCUCUUGGUGGGACGCCGAUCACCCCGGGACGACGGCUGUUGGCUCCGGCUUAUCAACGACAGGUUUGUGCGCUGGUCGCCGAUACGGGGCGUCGUCGAGAAGCGGGUGAUGCAGGACGAGAACGACAUCCUGGAGAUUCUGCGAGACGAUUUCGGGCUGAACCUGAACGCUGCGGACGACGUAGUACCGCUGCGUGUUCGCUUGCGAGGCCUGCUGGAGAAUUCGAGGCUGGGCCAGAACCUCUUUCUGAAGGAACCGAUUUCGCCGGAGGGAUAACUGCAGCGUUCUUGUCGCGGUGACGAAAAUGAUUUUCGCUGUACAACAGAAAAAGAGAUAGCGGAAACAAUUUUUGUGCGAUAAAUAUGUAUACAUACCAUAGGCUUGUUGCGUGCACGAUAAAUAUAGUAUAGUAUGGUAUAGCGAGCCCAGAUAAAUAAGUUUAUUGACUGCAAAAGGCAGAGAGGUCGGCCGGAAAGUGGAGUAUCUGGUCUGCUACUCUGUGAGAGGGAAGGGAAGAAGAGAAGAAAGGGGUCACAAUGGGGGAUGAUUAUGAUGGGAGCAACGAGAUGAAAGAACAGAUCGCAUAAGUGUUACCAUCAAAAGCUCGAAUCCAGGGCAGUGGCGCCUAAGCGUGAAAAAUAACGCAUUGCCUCUAUCGUGUGCCCCACUCUCAUCAAGCAUGCGCCUAUGAGGAGGUCCACCGAUAGUGGUCUGCUGUCCAAAGGUAUCAAGGUAGCUGCCAGUUUUAGUCUAUCGCGCGCAUACACAGGGCACACUGCGAGUACAUGGUCUGUUGUCUCAACAACGCCACACGCUGAACAGUCCGGGGAGUCCGACAGUCCAAUGAUCUGCAAGUACCGGCGCGUGAAAGUGUCGCCUAAAGGUAGUCUGUGUAUAUGGUAUGCAUUAGGGCGUGGAAUUCCCCGCGGAACAGCAAAAUGAAUACUGGGAUCAAGCCUUUUAAGGCGGACGUGGCGAGCGUCUAGGUGGUCCCAGUAUCUUCUUGUCGCACUCCUCAUUGAUUCCGACAGGAGGCACGUGAUGUCCAGUCUAGAGGAUGGCACAACAGUUCGCAGGCCAUUGCUGAGGGCGCGCCUUGCUGAGUAUCGGCCGUCUCAUUACCAUUGAGCCCACAGUGUCCCGGGAUGCAUUGGAACACUCAUUGGGUGCCCUUUUUCUUGAGCGCAUG